AUUAUGAAUUUUCAAUAUCUGGAUAUAUCAGGGAAAAAUCAAGAGAAAAACACCGUCAGGAGAAACUGAAGCUACAGGAAGAGGGAAAACAAAAAGGAAAGCAGAAACAGUUUAAAAGAAAACAAACAGCCUGGUCUCAGAACAAAGAAAAGAAAAACAAGCGACAGGACAGAAGACAGCGGAAAGAGUUGUCAAAGAAAAGAAAACAGCAACAAUUUGAUGAAGAGGACUUGGCUGAACUUACCAAAGAUGCCAUGCUAGUGAAGAAACUCAAGAGGGGCAAGGUAUUUUAUUUCUUGUUCUUUUUAAAAGUAGAAUUUGUUU